AUGGAUGGUUUCACAAACCUUCUGCAUAGUCAAAUACCUAUAGACCUUGAGUCACCCGAACCUUAUUGGUUCGGGUCUGAAGUUCCUGCUCAGUCUCCUAGCCAAGUCCCUGCUGAGUCUCCUAGCCAAGUCCCUGCUGAGUCUCCUAGCCAAGUUCCUGCUGAGAGGAGGAAAUAUUCUCCUAGAGAAGAUAAGAUCCUUAUUGGUGCUUGGCUUAACACCAGUAAGGAUCCUAUCAUUGGCAACGAGCAGAGAGUUGGGGCUUUCUGGAAGCGUAUUGUAGAGUACUACAACGCAAGCCCUCUGCUCGUUGGUCAAACACCGCGAGAGAUUACUUCUUGCAAACAGAGGUGGAGUAGGAUCAACGGGGAAGUAUGCAGGUUUACUGGAUGCUAUGAUGCAGCUUUGAGGGCGCAGAAAAGUGGGGAAAAUGAUGAUGAUCUGAUGAAAGCUGCAUUAAAUAUAUACUUCACCAAGUAUGGUUGCAAGUUCGCACUUGAUCACUGCUGGAGGGAGCUGAGGCAUGACCAGAAAUGGGCCUCGAUUUAUGUGGCUAAGGAAGGUGGAAAGGAAAAGCGGAGGUCCGUCUUGGAGGUUGAUACAGAAGAAGCGGACGUGGGAGAUCCAGAGGAGAGACCAAUCGGGGUAAAGGCUGCGAAAGGUGGCAGUAAGAAGAAGAAGAAGAGUGGUAGAGAAGAAGAGUUGUCCAAGCUUCAGAACGUGUUAGAACUUAAGGAAAAACUUUCAAAAAACAAACUCCUUGAUCGCUUGCUGGCGAUGAAAGAGCCUUUAUCUGAUAUCGAAACAUCACUUAAACUGAAGCUAAUGUUAGGUGAAGUAGUCACGGGCGUCUAA